AUGUCUGCAUCACCUUGUCUGGGGCCGUCAGGCUACCACUCCCAGCCUAGAGGUAGCAGGCCAGUGUCAUCGAUGUCUGCAUCACCUUGUCUGGGGCCGUCAGGCUACCACUCCCAGCCUAGAGGUAGCAGGCCAGUGUCAUCGAUGUCUGCAUCACCUUGUCUGGGGCCGUCAGGCUACCACUCCCAGCCUAGAGGUAGCAGGCCAGUGUCAUCGAUGUCUGCAUCACCUUGUCUGGGGCCGUCAGGCUACCACUCCCAGCCUAGAGGUAGCAGGCCAGUGUCAUCGAUGUCUGCAUCACUUUGUCUGGGGCCGUCAGGCUACCACUCCCAGCCUAGAGGUACCAGCCCAGUGUCAUCGAUGUCUGCAUCACCUUGUCUGGGGCCGUCAGGCUACCACUCCCAGCCUAGAGGUAGCAGGCCAGUGUCAUCGAUGUCUGCAUCACCUUGUCUGGGGCCGUCAGGCUACCACUCCCAGCCUAGAGGUACCAGGCCAGUGUCAUCGAUGUCUGCAUCACCUUGUCUGGGGCCGUCAGGCUACCACUCCCAGCCUAGAGGUAGCAGGCCAGUGUCAUCGAUGUCUGCAUCACCUUGUCUGGGGCCGUCAGGCUACCACUCCCAGCCUAGAGGUAGCAGGCCAGUGUCAUCGAUGUCUGCAUCACCUUGUCUGGGGCCGUCAGGCUACCACUCCCAGCCUAGAGGUAGCAGGCCAGUGUCAUCGAUGUCUGCAUCACCUUGUCUGGGGCCAUCAGGCUACCACUCCCAGCCUAGAGGUAGCAGGCCAGUGUCAUCGAUGUCUGCAUCACCUUGUCUGGGGCCGUCAGGCUACCACUCCCAGCCUAGAGGUAGCAGGCCAGUGUCAUCGAUGUCUGCAUCACCUUGUCUGGGGCCGUCAGGCUACCACUCCCAGCCUAGAGGUACCAGGCCAGUGUCAUCGAUGUCUGCAUCACCUUGUCUGGGGCCGUCAGGCUACCACUCCCAGCCUAGAGGUAGCAGGCCAGUGUCAUCGAUGUCUGCAUCACCUUGUCUGGGGCCGUCAGGCUACCACUCCCAGCCUAGAGGUAGCAGGCCAGUGUCAUCGAUGUCUGCAUCACCUUGUCUGGGGCCGUCAGGCUACCACUCCCAGCCUAGAGGUACCAGGCCAGUGUCAUCGAUGUCAGCAUCACCUUGUCUGGGGCCGUCAGGCUACCACUCCCAGCCUAGAGGUAGCAGGCCAGUGUCAUCGAUGUCUGCAUCACCUUGUCUGUGGCCGUCAGGCUACCACUCCCAGCCUAGAGGUAGCAGGCCAGUGUCAUCGAUGUCUGUAUCACCUUGUCUGGGGCCGUCAGGCUACCACCCCCAGCCUAGAGGUAGCAGGCCAGUGUCAUCGAUGUCUGCAUCACCUUGUCUGGGGCCGUCAGGCUACCACUCCCAGCCGAGAGGUAGCAGGCCAGUGUCAUCGAUGUCUGCAUCACCUUGUCUGGGGCCGUCAGGCUACCACUCCCAGCCUAGAGGUAGCAGGCCAGUGUCAUCGAUGUCUGCAUCACCUUGUCUGGGGCCGUCAGGCUACCACUCCCAGCCUAGAGGUACCAGGCCAGUGUCAUCGAUGUCUGCAUCACCUUGUCUGGGGCCGUCAGGCUACCACUCCCAGCCUAGAGGUAGCAGGCCAGUGUCAUCGAUGUCUGCAUCACCUUGUCUGGGGCCGUCAGGCUACCACUCCCAGCCUAGAGGUAGCAGGCCAGUGUCAUCGAUGUCUGCAUCACCUUGUCUGGGGCCGUCAGGCUACCACUCCCAGCCUAGAGGUAGCAGGCCAGUGUCAUCGAUGUCUGCAUCACCUUGUCUGGGGCCGUCAGGCUACCACUCCCAGCCUAGAGGUAGCAGGCCAGUGUCAUCGAUGUCUGUAUGA